AUGGAGAACGAGGUCUUUACGCCGCUGUCCGACAUCACCGGCCAGAGUAGCGCACGCAAAGCUGUCAAGUUUGCGGCCGAUACGCCAGAGCCACGGGAGACAGUGCGAGCUCCCCGGAGACAGGUUCACGACCCCGACAAAGCAAAGAAGGUUGGACAGGUGCACUUCAAAGCGCAGCAUGGCAUCAUCAUCGCCUUCUUUACCUUUAUACUAAUUCUUCACGUCCUCGGUAUCUACCUUUUCACCAGCGGCUUCCUCCUUACGCGAUUGGUCCUCGACCACAAGUCAGAAUGCGCCCUGCCCCCAAUCGACUCUGCCAACGCGUACACAGCGGGCGAUGCUGAAAAGGGGUGCUGGCACCCCAAGACGUUCAACAAAGCCGUCGUCAUCAUCGUUGAUGCGCUACGAUACGAUUUCACUGUCCCCUUUCCAGAGCAGUUCGAGCCCAUCGACCUCGCCGCCGCCGCCGAAAACCCGUCUCAAGCGCCCCCAGUCGCUCCGCGCCAUUUCCACAAUGCAUUCCCGAUACUUUACGAGACGGCAAAGAACCAGCCCCAAAAUGCCUUCCUCCUACCCUUUAUCGCCGACCCGCCGACGGCCACGAUGCAGAGGCUGAAGGGGCUCACAACGGGCACAUUGCCCACCUUCAUCGACGUGGGCAGCAACUUCGCUGGCCAGGAGAUUGAGGAAGACAAUCUGGUCGGACAAAUGAAGAACGCAAGCAAGAGGAUGGUUCAUCUUGGGGACGACACAUGGCACGCUCUCUUCCCCAACUACUUUGAGCCAAACCUCACGCAUGCAUACGAUUCGUUUAAUGUUUGGGACCUACACACUGUUGACAAUGGCGUCACGGAGCACAUUUUCCCACUUCUGAAGGCUGAGAAUGCCACCAAGUGGGAUGUGAUCUUCGGCCACUACCUGGGCGUGGACCAUGCAGGACACCGCUAUGGGCCUGAUCAUCCUGCUAUGACUGCGAAGCUCAACCAGAUGGACGACGUUUUCCGCCGCAUGAUCGAGGAGAUUGACGACGACACACUGCUAGUUGUUAUGGGAGAUCACGGCAUGGAUGGAAAGGGCGACCAUGGAGGAGAGUCGGAUGACGAGAUACAGGCGGCGCUAUGGAUGUACUCGAAGAAGGGUGUGUUUGGGCGCAGCGAUUCUGCUUAUAUCACACCUCCUUCUAACGCAAAGACCCGACCAGUUGGGCAGAUCGAUCUUGUUCCUACUCUGUCGCUUCUCCUCGGCUUGCCGAUACCCUUCAACAACCUCGGAAAGCCCAUCGAAGAAGCAUUCAUUGGCAAGAACGGCGAUGAUUACAAAAACUUGGCGGCCGUCAACCGUCUAACAGCCGCGCAGAUACACAACUACCAGCACGAAUAUGCCAAGGUUCGUGGUAUCGUAGACAGCGCCAGGGCUUCUUCGCUUUCGCUGUGGAAGAACGCAAAUGACGCGUGGAACCUGCUAGGAAAGUCCAAGACCGAUAGCGCCGAGAUGCGCCAGGCAUAUGAGGCUUUCGGUGCUUAUCAGCGCGACACGCUCCGUCUUUGUCGUGAUCUUUGGGCUCGGUUUGACAUUCCCAGGAUGGUCAGUGGUGUCGUGAUCUUGGCCGCAAGUCUGAUUGUAGUCGCUCUUUACGCCAGGAUCCUUCACGGGGACCGUGCAGACGUCACCCCCGUCUUCUUCACCCGAGGUGCCAUUGGCUUGGUCCUUGGAGGUAUCGUCGGUCUUCCUAUUACCAUCUUCAUGCCUGAAGACUCCAGAUCGCAUAUUCUUGUCCUCUCCUCUGCCCUCACCGGGAUCAUCGGCUGCGCCUCAACUUUCUACGCCCUGAGCUACCGUAUGAUGCCCCCAAUGCCAAACAACAUCUGGGGCUGGACGAGCGCCAUCUUCACUCUCGCCCUCUCCGGGGGCUUUGCAGCAAAUUCAUUUACUAUCUGGGAAGAUGAGAUCCUCCUACAUUUCCUAACUACAUUUGGAGUCCUUGCACUCAUCUCUUCUUUCCGUCAGAGGAGAAUCGCAGAUCGAACCCUUGGUGCUUACCACUCCAUCCUUUUCACCGUGUUGCUUAGGAUUGCCAGCUUCUCUCGCCUAUGCCGAGAAGAACAGAUGCCCUACUGCAAAUCCACAUACUACGGCUCUGCUCUCUCAACAACUUCCGCACCCUGGCAACUUGCCAUUCCCGCCACAGCUGCCAUCCUCAUCCCCACAUUCAUCAAGAGCUACUACGACGGCACGAAAUCCUAUCAGCACAACGCCACUCUCUGGAUCGGCCUCGCAUUGCGCUUCGGCUUGAUGCUGUCCGCCGCAUACUGGACACUCGAUGCUGCUGACGACGGCGAGUGGGCGCCCGCUUGGUCAAACAUCAUCGGUAUCACGAAGCGCUUCAUUGCACAGAUUGUGCUAGCAAUUGCUCUCGGAUUUGGCUAUUCCAUCUAUAAUUGGUCGAAACCUCUCCUGAACGUCAUCAUCGAUAAAGAUGGUAGCGGCGUCGACGAAAACGGUCAACCCAAAGAAGCCAUCACCAUUCUUGGUUUCGCAAAUGUACACGGGAGUCGAUACGCACUGUUGAUCACCAUCUGGUAUCUCGCCAUCACUGUGCUCCAAAAGCCAAUGGGCGCUGGCGCAAUCGGAAUACUGGUCUGGCAGCUGUUUUCGCUUUUCGAAAUCAUCGAUACUAACAAUCUCCGUCAAUCUGCCAUUGGCCCUGUCAUCUUGGGUCUGUUGGGUUCCUUCCACUUUUUCAAAACAGGACACCAGGCUACCUUGUCUAGCAUCCAGUGGGAAUCCGCUUUCAUCCCCUUGGCCAAGAUUCGUUACCCUUGGACACCCAUCAUCGUUCUGCUGAAUACAUUUGGUGCCCAGAUCCUGUGCGCCAUUGCUGUCCCAGCGUGCGUGCUUUGGAAGGUCAAGCCGCAGAAGAAGGGCGUUUUGUCCGUCGUCACAAAAGCUGUGGCGACUCACAUUUUGUUUUAUGCGACGACGCAGCUUGCGACGACCAUGUGGGCGGGCCAUUUGAGAAGGCAUUUGAUGCUUUAUAGGAUCUUCUGCCCGAGGUUCAUGGUUGGGGCUGCGGUGCUGCUGACGGUGGAUGUUGUGUCUAUUGUUAUCGCGUUGUGGGGGACUAGGAUGAUUCUUGUCUUGAUGCACGUCGUUUACAUCCAUGACUGCUUGAUCUCCAUCUCUCUUCCACCACACUUCGAAAGUAUUGCAGAGCAGGAUAUCACUGCCGAACAGCAUACGAGAAUAUUCACGAGCAACCCUCGAGAGUCUACUUACCCAGUAUUGGUCGACACUCUCGGCCAUCCCACGAAAGCAUUUAUAGACGCCACCAUGCCAUCUUCUCAGCAUCAACGUGUGGAAGAGAAAGUAUUUAGUGUUCUCGGAAAAGAAGAUCUCAUCGACGACUCGACCGGCGUUAUUCCGAUGAGAGGGCUAAAGACCGAACUUAGCCUUAAAGAUCGUUUUGCGAGGCGACUUUCGAAGAUGUUGGGCGCGGAAACGUAUAUACAACAGGCAGAAAACGACAACACGAUGGAUAUCUAUCUUACGCGCAGCCGACUAGCAAAUCGAGUACGGGACGACAAACUCCGCAAGUUCUUCCGAGCCAUGGAAGCUGCAUUCGCAUCGAUUGCGAAAAACGCUGAUGGUCCGCAGCAUGUACUCCAAAUUGCGUGCGACGAACUUUGGGACGUGGUUCUAAUCUUCAACCGCAGCAAGAUCGAAACUAUCAUUCAAAGGCUGCAGAAGACCUUGGAUGAUUACCAGGAAACAUUCAACGACCUCGUGACGAGGAUGUUUGGCAUCGAUGAUUACGAAUACAAAGACCGGCUAUUGGAUCGUGAGCUUGGCGAUCGUAUCAUCUUACUCUCGCAACGAGUUAAGAGCUAUGAUCGUUCGAUGAAGGAAUUAAAUGCGCUUGUACACCUUGCAUCAGAAACGACAAGAGUGCUUUUGCAUCUGCAGGAACGGUUGAGGUCCAUUCUCGAGAAGACACUCUUUGCCGAUAAGUUGUACGAGCUUAUCUGCGCAUUGGGGUUUCCCGAGCGAGUGCACAGUACUAUGGUGAGGUCAGCUAAAGCCUCACAAUCAUUCAAGAACGUCAAGUUCCAUUUGAGACCCAGCUCUCCUGGCAAGACUGUCUCCUUCGCGGUCCAAUAG